AUGGCUGUUGAUACGAGCUACUUGACCACCCAGGUCAACAACAUCGUGGAUCAGCUUCAUGGCAUUUUUGACCAGAUCGGAGUUCCGAGUCAUGAGCGCGAGUCGCGUGAAUCAGAACUGUUCAAUGCAUUGUCAGAGACACUGAACAACCACCUUAAGCUUGUUGACGAGGAGAAGGAAAAAAUGACACAAGAAGCACAGCGCCUCAUCACCGCGAUCUCACAAAUGGAAGCGUCCCUUGGUGAUGAGCGGGCCAAUGGACAGUACGAGCUCAAUCGCGACGAUCUACGCGUCACAUAUCCUCUGAACAGAUGCAUCGCUUUUCUGCGCGAGAAGAACGAGGCCAUGGCAAAAUUGCAUCGCGAGCGCUUCGAACAGGUUAAGAAGCUAGUCGCCGCGCUCGAAUCAUAUUCAUCCCACCUCGAGACGACCUUCCUCCAAAUCGAUUUACCCCCAACAGCCCCGGGUUCAGUCAUACCUCCCAGCUUCGAUUUGUCCCCCGCAUACGUAACCGCACUGGACUCGGAAUUUUCACGCGUCUACGAGGAGUAUCACCGGCGCAUUUCUUUUGUCCAAACCGCCUCCGAAGAAAUAAUCAAACUCUGGGCUGAGCUGGGAACUCCCCAAGUGCAGACAGACCCCAACAUUGUUAGGCACUAUCGCGAUUCACCAGAGCAGCUUGGACUUCACGAGACUGACAUGACGAAUUUAAUGGCUCGACGUGACAAGUUGGUUGAGGAGAAGAAGGGACGCGAGCGCAAAAUCAAGGAGCUCCGCAUGAAUGUCGAGAGUCUGUGGGAGCGAUUCGGGGUUGAGGAGGCGGAUCGCAAGGCGUUCCUUUCCGCGAAUCGCGGAUGCGGUCUUCGCACCAUCAACGAAUAUGAAGAUGAGUUGGCUCGUCUGAAUGAGCUGAAGAGACAGAAUCUCCAUCUGUUUGUGGAAGAUGCUCGAUGCCGCCUUCAAGAGCUGUGGGAUAGCCUCUAUUUCUCGGAGGAAGAAAUGCUGGACUUCACGCCCGCCUUUUCAGACGUUUGUAGUGACGCUUUGCUUGAAGCACAUGAAGCUGAAAUCGCGCGGCUUGAGACGCUCAAGGAACAGCGCGCCCCUACACUUGAGCUGAUUGAAAAGCAUCGCAGCAUUCUCGCUGAUAAGCAGGCCCUGUCCGCAUCCAGUCAAGAUGCAUCUCGACUGAUGGGCCGAGGCAAUAAAGGCGAGAAGCGCGACCCUGGCAAGCUUCUGCGCGAGGAGAAGAUGCGCAAGCGAAUUGCUAAAGAAUUGCCGAAAGUUGAAUCCGAGCUGAGAAAAGAGCUUGAACACUGGGAGGACGAGUUUGGUCGGCCGUUCUUGGUUCAUGGCGAGCGAUAUCUGGAUAAGUUGACUCCUGUGGUAUCCAAGCCGCCACCUCGAUCCAAGACCCCUUCUGCACCUCCAUCUACCACCAAGUCUGUCACCGGUUCAAUCAAGCGCGAUCCUGUGUCUCGCCCUGGAAGUUCCAUGCGCGGACCCCCUCCACCUCGAUCUGCGACCAAGACUCCUACAAGUAGCGGACCAGUCAAGCACCACACAAUUGGAUACUCCGGAGCUAACCGUGCUGGGGCUCGCUCACCUUCGAAGCUACCUGCACGAGCUCCCUUGAGUAACGUGCCUUAUAGCACGGCCUCCCCGGAACGUCGCACUGGGCCUGGAUCAUAUUCUUCCAGCACGAUUAAUGGCAAGAUGCCGCCUCCUCGCGGGCCUCCACCACCGAGAAUGCGAGCCUUGACAGUGGAGUCGAAGGAUCGUGGCAGCUACAGCAUAGAGCCGCCUCGUUGCAAUAGUGCGAUGUCUUCCGCCUUCGUCCGGCCUGUGAGCCCUGAAGAUGUUUAUGAUGAUCGUCAACGAUCAUUCAUGAGCGCCUCAGUGAUGUCCAACCAUCGAUCAACCGGAUUCUCUCAAUCGUCUGUCUCGUCGCACUCGUCUCUGAACUCCUCGAUACAGAGCUUUCCCCGGGUCAACCCUUACCUAUCUCAAGCACCCCCUCCCCCUGCCCUCCGACAGGUAUCCAACUCAUCUACCGUCGUCACCGCUACCUCUGGGUCGGAGAAUUGGGAAACCUUUGACGAUGGUUCUGAAUCGGACGUCGAUGCCAGUGAGGUUUAUUACUCGAAGCUGCGGGCAGCACAGGGUAAACGAUUGAAUGCCGAGGACGACAGCAUUCUGGUAGGCAAGAAGUCCAAAGGUAUCCGCAGUGUCAGCCCAGAUGGACCACACCCCGGCCAAAUGAUCCGCGUCGCUGGUAGCGAUCCAGAGUGGACUACCGACUACGGAACCUACUGA